CAACUGCAGAGUCUGCCAACCUGCUGCCUGGAGGCAUUGUGGGCUGUCUUCCGUGCACUCUUAAUCAAGCUGACUGACUCUUUCGGAGUACUCACGCGGAGGAUAUCAAGCAGCUCGGACCAAAAUGAGGACCAUUUCCCUGCUUCUGUUGGUUGCAUUAACAGCCCUGGCAGAGUCUCACCAUCGCAACCACAUCGGACGUGUCAAGCGGGAGCUUUUGGCGCGUUCCAAAAGAAGGUGGGUUUUGUCCACAAUUGAAAUACGGGAGGAAGAUCCUGGGCCGUUCCCCAUGAACAUUUCGCAGAUGUUUAAUGACAAGAAGGAUUCCUCCGUGCAAAAGUACCGUAUAAGUGGAAUGGGUGUGUCCGAGCCGCCGCUGGGAGUGUUCUCCAUCGAUGAAAACACCGGAUUCGUCAAAGCCCAUAAAUCUGUCGACAGAGAGGAAUUCAAGAUCUUCAGAAUCAGGUUUGAUAUCUUGAGCAAAGAGACGGGUGAAAAAAUCGACAAGGAGCUGGCUUUUAAUAUAGAAGUAUUGGACAUCAAUGACAACGCACCAAUAUUUCAUAACCCACAAAUGAAAGUUAAUGUUGAUGAAAAUAUACCACAGGGGUACUUGCCGGGGCAGCUGAUGGUCUCGGACCUAGACCAGAGGAACACGAGCAACUCUAAAGUCACCAUGACUAUGAUUUCACAGAAGCCACUAGUGCCCCAGAUCAAGUUGAAUCAGAUUGAUGGAAGAAUGGCCCAACUCACCUUUGAAGGAUGUUUCAACUACGAUAAAGUAAAGAAGUAUGAAGUUCUUAUUCAAGCAAAAGAUCAUGGAACACCGUCCAUGUCCUCCACUGCCACUAUUACCCUCAACAUUGUUGACACAAACAGUCAUCCACCGACAUUCAAGGAGAAGCAGUACCACGGUUCGGUUCCGGAAUCGACCAUGCAGACCGAUGUUUUGAGAGUUGGGGUAAACGACAAAGACACAAUUAACACUCCUGGCUGGCGUGCCAGAUACUACUUCAUUCAUGGGAAUGAGGGAGGAAACUACAAAAUUGAAACCGACCCCGUCACUAAUGAGGGUAUUUUGAGUGUCAUCAAGGGCAAGGAUUAUGAGGUGACAACACUCGCUACCCUGCAGAUCGGAGUAGAGAAUGAGGAAGCCUUGUUUGUUUGUGACGAUAGUGGUCUCUUUGGCACAAGUCCACCUCCAGAUACAGUCAACAUCACAAUGAAAGUGAUCGAUGUUAAUGACCCACCUUACUAUGACAAAGAUAAAUUUGACGUGUACCAAAAAGAAGAGGAGGAGCCAGGAAGGGUGUUGUUCACUCCAAUUAUUCACGACGCUGACUCAAACGUAACCCAUAUCAGGCAUGUGCUGUUAGAAGAUCCAGCCGGCUGGGUGACCAUUGAUAAAAAAACUGGAAAAAUCACAUCAGUUAAGAAGAUGGACAGAGAGUCACCCUUUGUUGAUGACAAUAACAUUUACAAAGUCGUUGUCGGUGCCUUUGAUGAUGGUGAGCCUCCAGCCACAGGUUCAAGCACUGUUCUGGUCCACCUCGGUGAUGUCAAUGACAACAUGCCUAGGCUGGUCAUCAACAGCACCAUUAUGUGUGGAAACAAGGCUAACAAGGUCACAGUGCCUGCCAAGGACGAAGACAAACAUCCUUUCAGUGGGCCCUUCACUUUCUCCCUGGGGCGUGAUGACAAAGCUCUGAAGCAGUUUUGGAAACUAGACCCUGCCUAUGGUGAGGAAGGUGGGCUUGUUUGCCUGAAGACACUUGCUUAUGGCAAGUACUCAGUGCCCCUGAUGAUCCAGGACCAACAGGGCGCCGUUGGACUUGAUACCAUGGAAGUGAUGGUGUGUGACUGUGGAGAGGGAGAUGGGUGUCGUGGCAAAGAACCGCCCACAUCCAGCUUUGGGGCAGCAGCCAUUGGACUGCUCUGUGUAGGACUCCUCUUAUUUUUAUUGCUGCUCCUCGUCUUUAUGUGUCAGUGUGGAGGGAAGGAGUUCCGGCACAUACCCAUUGUGGAGGAUGAGGGCAACCAGACUCUCAUCAAGUACAACCAAGAAGGAGGGGGCUCCGCAUGCACGGCUGAGCCCACUCUGCUCCUGACACCUACAAACAGUGUGAAUGUGACAGAUGGCCUAAAAAGGGGCUCCAUCAAGCAGGUGUCUAGUAUGGCUCCAGGAAUGGGCCAGGACAUGGAAACGAACUACAGCUCAUGGAUCACUGUGAACAACUCCAACUUGACCUCACUGGGUAUGCAGCGUCCGACAGACAUAACCAGAAGCCGAGGAGGGCAGAACAUGUACUCUACAUGGACUUCAAACAGGACAAACACCUACCAGCAGGGAGGCUCAUCGAGAUACGACCGCUCUCUCAACCUGCAGUCACAACAACACAUUGCAGAUCACAUCGACAGGAGAAUGGACACGAUUGAAGGAAGCCAUGGAGGCCAGCCGGUCUACCAGCCCUGUGAGUAUGCCUACGAGGGUCAGGGCAGCAGAUGCCAGUCAUUGGAUCAGCUGUCACUCUGCAACCUGGGAGACGAUUUGAUGUUUCUGAAUGAUUUGGGGCCAAAGUUCAAGACCUUAGCAGGCAUCUGUCAUCCGACAAUUAAAGACAAAAACAUACAGCUUUAAAGGCCACCGCUGGACUGAGGUUUUUGUAUCAAGCAAGUUGCUCUUCGCUCCCGUGUUUUUUGAGUUUGUGAUUAUGGACUUAUCUGACUGGAGCUUUGGAGAAAGGAUGUACAACAAUGGCUGGAUUUUGUACUUCUGCAUUUCGGACUUAAACAUCUCAAAUAUUUAGAGCCAGAUAUUGUAUAUUGGCAUCUAUCCACGAAACAAGGAUUAUGUAGUCAAGGCUGUAUUUUGCUUGCUUGAAGAUGGAAUUAAUGCACUGCACAAACUGUCACGCUCUGGUGAUUUUGAAAUGCUAACAUUUUGACAGUGACUGGGUGUGUUUGCUUGUUUUUUUACUUCACUACUUUAGGAGUGAUUGCUGCCGCGUCUCAGUGCUUUUAGCAGUGCAUCAUUUCUCGUUCUGGAGGCUUUGUCAGGGUAGUAUAGUAUUGUUUUUGAUGUGUUAAACUGUAAGUUUAUCUGUGGAAACUGGAAUAUUUCAUAGUAUGUAAGAUGUUUUAUUUCUGCCAGUCGCACUCACAAGAUUACCUUUUUGUAAAAGAUUGUUGAUAAGGACCAGCAGAAAUCUGACUGGUUGAAAUCAGUAUUGUUCGACAGUAAUUGGACAGUGGCUUUAUCCCUACUAAACUGAUACUAAUAAAAAUGACACCAAAUAACAUACUGUAACAGUAGUUAAGACCAGUUUCAGGGAGUAGUGAACUACAUGUAUUAAACUAGUAGCUUAACUAUAUUUUGCACUAGCUUGCUGGUAGCUCAACUACAUUCAUAUUUUCCAUACUUUUUUUUGUCAUUAACUACUGAAACUACAAACAAUUUUGGGCCAUAAAAGGGAAAGAAAGCUUUUUUAAAAAUUUGAUUUUACCAUUGCUUCUCCACUGUAAUUUAACACCCUUUGACCAGCCAUGCCCCCUUUUUCUUUUAAUGCGUCAGGCAGCCACCACCAUCACACACUUGAUCUUUCACCUUUACUGUAUGUAGUGCCAGCAUGCGCAAAAGGCGUUGCUCUGUUCUCACACAGUGUCAUCAUCUUCAGCAAGUUAAAAACUGUUUUAGUUGUUUGGAUUGUGAUGAGUAAGACAACAGGCCCAUUUCUUUGGAAAAGUGCUCAAGUCGGUAAAACAGUUUUAAAAAAGGUGCAAGUUAAUUAUUUCUUUAGUGGGGCUUUUUAUUUUUUUGGUUUGUGUAUAUAUGACUUGUGAACAACUGGACACUUUUUGAAAUAAACUCAAUAGAAUGGCA